AUCGCAAUGGCCUCCAAAGCAGCCGCGCAGGCGAAGGCGCAGUUUGUCCGCAUUCUGAUUCCGGCAGGAAAGGCAGCUCCAACACCCCCCGUUGGUCCCGCCCUUGGCGCUCGAGGCGUCAAGUCAAUGGACUUCUGCAAAGAAUUCAACGCACGGACAGCGCACAUUGCUGUCGGCACCCCCAUUCCGACGGUCAUUACUAUACAGCCCGACCGCACAUUCACGUUCCUCACGAAGACCCCUCCGACAGCUCAUUUCCUGAAGCAGGCAGCUGGUAUAGAGAAGGGGUCCGGCAGGCCAGGACACGAAACUCUAGGCACCAUCAGUCUCAAGCAUGUCUACGAGAUUGCGAAGAUUAAGGCCACUGACGAUCACUUGAAGCACCUGCCACUGCAAUCCAUCGCAAGCACCGUCGUAGGCACUGCGAAAACUUUGGGGGUCCAAGUCGUACCGUGAUCCGAGUUGGGGGCCACGAUGUGAACACAUAAUCGCCUGCUAUGCUGAGGACCGGCGAUCCUCGGAAGAGUAAUUCAUGUUGGGUCCAGCUCUCCGCUAACCCAGAUGGUGUCGCGAUGGUUUUCGUUAACAAUACCUCCUAAUGCGAUAGAAACCGUCGGAUAGAAGUUGGCGUAGAACCCGGCGCUGCUUGCAACAAGAAUCCCGCAGGACUAUGGUAUUCAGCUCUGGAAUAACAACGGAUAUGAUGCCCUCUGAACAACAGAGCGGUAAGGGAGUCUCCUGUGUGGGAUCCCCGGGUUACCAUCUUCGCUCAAACUUACCGCUAUACCCAUCCGGUCUUUCCUCUUUCGACACCUAAGAGGUUCCGCGGGCACGCUCCCGAAAGACAUGCGCGAACCGCAACAACGCUCCUUCAAUGUAAAUGGGAAGGGAGGACCGAGAACUGGCUUAUCUGAUCCCAUUGUUGUGCAAAAGGUAUCCCGGCAGAUGCGGAUGCACGCUGUGUGAGCGUGUCAUACACCUGGAUCUCACCCGGUGGGGAUGCGCCAGCACUUCUCCCAGAUGGCUGGAGGAGGAUUACCAUAUCGGGAAGCAUGCUUCUUUGUGCAUGCUCGUGGCGUCUAUUGACCGAGGUUGUAUAGCGCCUCUUGUAUCCCGCCCGACAUAACCAAGGAGAUUAAAAUCAUCAACGCUGUUUCCCUUACGCAAACAUAUAGAGAUACCCUUCGAGACCUCCGAUGUUUGCAAGAUCAAGCACGCGAUCUCGCAUCGGCUCAGCCGAUUUUUUAUCCAGUGCUUCCUGCUUGUUCUGCCGCCGUCCAGACAACGGCCCAAGGGAAAAUCGGGCGCCUAUAGAUCUAUUCAGGCAGCUCGGAUCGGCUCAGGCGCAAUCACACUGCGGUGUCGGAGCGCAACACCACCUGGUCCAACUCUUCCUGCAAAUCACGGUGCCGUCUUCCUUUGCAACACGUUGGGACCUUGUUCAGGACCAUCUGUUUCCAAGCACCACGUUUCUUCCUCCGCUUUUCUGACGGCCACCCACAGCACAUACCGCCAACAGUAGCAAAUUUCGACGGAUGGAUCCAUAUAUAAACUCCUCCGUCGACAUGAGAUCCGCUCCCCAACUAGCCUCGCGGUUCACUUCUUUUCCCCAUUGCGCUUUCUCUACAUCGAGCGACAUCCGAAAUGCCUACUUCCACCGAUGUUCUCUCGUGGACCUCGCAAGACCCUCGCCAAAGCGUCCUGUUCAAUGCGGCUGGUAUUCAGUACAGCUUCCGAACUGAAUCGAACACUCGUGGCGUACUGGUCACGUCCGUCAUGAAGCAGAUCAGGCCUGGCAAAGAAGAGAAGGUCGCUAAACUCGAAUGGUCCAACACCGGCGGCCUCGGGCGCGCCGUCAUUGGCAAGUUUACGCUGCCUAUGCAGGAUCUCGUCCGACCUGCAGCAAAUAUGAUGGGUGCCCGAACUUUCAACGGUCCUGACGGCCAUCUCUACCGCUGGAGACCCAGCGCCAACUCCGCGGACGUGGUGCUCCAGGAUCCCAACGACAACAUUAUCGCCAUGGUCCGCAGCACUCGGCCGACGCGCUACCAAAUGGGCGACGUCUACGCAGAAUUGCACUUUCUUCGCAACGCGGGCGCCGGAGUGGUGAUGCAUCCACCGAUGAUGGACAUGGUCAUCGUGACGGCGAUGCUAUAUCGCUUUGUCACCACGUUCGGCCUCUAGUUCGGGCUUCACAUCUCAAGCGCGCGGCUGGUCCUUCAAGCAUACUUUAUUACUCUCAAGGGACUAUCUCGACAAUAGCCAUUAGGGCCGUUGCUCGAGCGCGGGUUGUUUUAUGCAUCCAACUGUACUUGUUCAUGUAUGCCUUUCAUCACUGUACCUUUAGCAUCCUCAGCAAUGCGACUUUUGACUCC